AUGUCGCUAUUCGCAGCCCAUCGUAAGCAAGAGGGAAUUGGUUAUGUUUUUCACUCAAUCGGAGAUUACGUCUAUCAUAACUUUAUGCGGCUGCCAAGAUCAAUUAUUCGCUAUUUGAUACUACUGAAAGAUAUUUUAUUGCCUUAUUUUACCGCUUAUCAUCAUCAUGGCUAUUACCCUUGGGUAGCAGCUGUAAUUGUUAGCCUCUUGGCGUAUAGCUAUGGUUUCCAUGUAUGGAUCCUCAAUUUUAUUAUCGUAGUCAUAGGAUUUGCAGUUGGAUUUUUACUAGUAUUAUUAAGUGGCCAACACAGGCCUUUCAAACAAUUUGAAGGGUUACAGGCAGUCCAAAAAAUUCUAACGGAAAAGACGGAGCUUACAGUGCAUCGAUCAUAUCAAUCUCAUAAAACCGUUGUCUCCGUUAAUGUUGAUAAAGCGAUCCAAAGUAUAUUCGAUAAUCUGAUUCGAGACUAUGUCCUGAUUUGGUAUCAAAGCAUCAACAAUGAUAAUGCGGCAUUUAUCGACAUAAUUUCGGAACAAAUGUGGUUAGUGACAGAAAAUAUCGUCGAAAGACUGGGCAAUUUAGAUUUGGUUAAACUGAUCUAUAUUGAUAUCGUCAAUAAAUUAUGUGAUCAUUUUAAAGCACUUCGACUAUCAAAACUAAGCUCGGAUCCUAUGAUUCCUUUCGUCCUUCAUCCUUGUUUAGUCAGCAAACAAGAAGAAUUGGACUACUUACGGCAUAUGUCUGAAGCUGUUAUUGUAACAUUACUGCCGGAAAAGGACUGUCGCUGCAAUGAUUACAGAUUAAUACUACGCGAAGUUUUGGCAUGUUGUGUUUUAUAUCCUAUAGCAGAAAAUUUCUGCGAUCCCGAUUACUUCAAUCAAACAUUUCUGCGACAAAUUGAGGCUCGCGAGAAAAUGUUGGAAACACAUAAGAAGAGAUAUGCAUACGCAAAAAGCUUUGAAGACUUUAUCAAAUUAAUUACAAUUUGUGACGAUAUCGAAACAUUAAAGGAAAUAAGGUACAAAAUAAUUGCCGAAAUUAUGCAGUCUGCAGUCAUCAAGAAUUUAAAGAAGGGAGGCCUUGAAGAUGUUCGAACGCUCGGUAAUAUAAAGAAGGGACUGAUGUUGAAAUCGCGAAAUUUAAAGCGCUACAUAAAGCAGGCUUUUACAUUUAAGCAAAUUAUGGACAGUCCAGUAACAAGAUCUUAUUUUAAUAAAUACUUGGAAUGGGAAUCGAGUAGUCCUAUGCUCAAAACUUGGCUAGCUAUUGAAAAUUUAAAAUACGUAUCUCAGAAAGAUUUACUAUCGAAUGCUAACGAUGUUUACGAGAGAUUUAUUAUCAGUGCCGCCUCGAAACAAGUUCGAAUUGAUCGAACUCUGAUUCGAGGAAUGGAAGCUUUUCUGACUGGAAAUAAAGGUCCAGAUUCUUUCUUUGCUGCACAAAAACAGAUUUAUCGCAGCAUGGAAGAAACGUUUUAUAAAUCCUUUUUGCUAAGUGAAUUUUAUGUUAGUAUGGUGACAGAAGCUGAAGUUACUGUAGACAAUGCUGGCAUAAAAUUUGGAAGUCAGAGUCCUAUUAACGAACAGCAAGAUGAAUAUUUAGAUCAGCAGGGCUGGCUGGAAUUUGAUGAAGAUGGUAUUGAUAGGGUUGGUGUUGAAGUGAUUGAGGAACAAAACGAUUCUGUUGUUCAGAUGUUGGACAAUCUGGAUACAAGAAUUGCUGAAAUCGCGGAGGAACUAAACUCUUUACGGAAUUUAGGCCUCGAAGAUCAGGAGAGAGAAGAAGAGUUAGCUAAAGAAUUUGAUCAAUAUGAACUAGAGCGCAAACAACUUGCUACACACAUUGAAAGAACCGAAUUAUGGUGCGAUUUAAUGGGCCAGUGGCGGACUUCGAUUAGUAAUGCACAUGUCGUUGUUGAAGGCGAUGGCUAUGUUCCAGUUUAUGUUAUUCUUGUGGAGCGUGCUAGUAGUGGACGAGAAGAUUCAAAUGAUAAAGAAACUCGUACUAUAUCGGAUUGCUGGGCGGUUACAAGAACUCUAAAUGAAUUUCAAGAACUGCAUCAUACGCUAACUGAUUGCUAUCCUUGGUUACGAAAAAAUUUUCCUAUCCUUUCUAAGAAAUGGACCAAGAGUAUAGCUCAAACGACAUUAGAUAGAAUUAAAGGUUUGCUAGAAAAUUAUUUGCAAGGAUUAAUUCUGCACGAAAAAUUAUGUCAAUCUGACGUUUUGUAUUUGUUUCUCUGCCCAAGUCCUGAUUAUAUUGUUAAACAAUGCCAUCAAAUUCGGGAUAGAAUGUCACAGCGUCGAGGAAGUAAUAUAAAUCCGGAAGAUGAUGAUGAUGCCAAUGAAUUUGAUGACGAAAACCGAAAAGAUUCUAUAGUAGAACCUACUUUAAAGCUUAUUAAUGAAAUUUUUCAACUUCAUGGAGCAUUUAAAUGGUUGAGAAGAACGUUGAUGGCGUUUGUUCAGUUGACUUUUGGUGGCACAAUUAAUAGACAGCUGCGAGAUAUUGUUAAUUGGAUGGCGGGAGAAGAAAUGUCAUUGUUUUAUUUACAAACUUUUCGUGAGACCUUCUUUAAAAUGUCAGAUAGUACAACACCAACACCUAAAGUUAGGACAGAAGAGGAAAGAUUAAAAACCAGAAGAUUAGCUGAACAGAAGCUUAUGAAAAAUAUUCCCGAUGUGAUAGUUAACUUAUUCGGGCAACAUAACAGUAAGCUAGGAGCAGAGCAGUUAUUUGAAUCUUUACAAGAUAUACGAACAAAUAAACACAUGUAUUACUCACUGUUAGAGACAUUUGUUUUCGCAUUAUUUCCUGAAAUCAAGUCUAAUGAAGUCAUUCAGAAAUUGCAGCCGAAGAAGCAAGCUUCUUCGGGACUAUGA